UAUUUGGUUUCUAAAGCGGAACAAGUCUUUUCGGAAGUUGUAGCUCCAUCGGACUCAUUACAGGGACGCACCUAAACAUGAGCUCGCUUUAAAUGAAUGUUUACGUUUGUUUUGAUGUUUUUUGGGAGUUUUUCUGCUGAGAGAGACUAUUAAAUAAACAUCUUUAAGUCCCAGUAAAGGUGAAACAUGUGGAAGAAAUCUUCGUCUGACCGGUUUGAAUACUUACAGACUCUGGUGACUGAAUUUCAGGACACAGACAGUGACGAGGCAAAGGAGCAAGUGCUCGCUAACCUGGCCAAUUUUGCGUACGACCCAAAGAACAUGGAGUAUCUGAGGGAGCUGCAGGUGGCCGACCUUUUCUUGGACAUGCUCACUGAGGAGAAUGAGAACUUUGUGGAGUUUGGGAUGGGGGGGCUGUGUAACCUCAGUAUGGACCCUGAAUGCAGAGACAUCAUCCUGCAGAGUGGUGGGAUCGCCUUGGUCACUAACCGUUUGUCAAGCCGUCGGGAAGAGACGAUCCUGUCAGCCAUCACUACGCUCAUGAACCUCAGGACGCCGUCAUCGCGCUCUGAGAUCACUGACCCGGCCAUACUGCAGUGCAUGCUGCGCUUCUCCCUGUCAGAGAGCCCCCGCCUGCGUAACCUGGCCGCUGUGUUUCUGCAGGACUGCUGCAGCGAGGAGCAGGUGGCCCGAGCGGAGCAGCAGAUGCAGGGACAACAGCAGACAGCGGUCGGCAUCCCGCUGCCCAAAGACUAACACGUUACAGCUACUGUAAUGUUUAUAUGAGGCUGAUUUUUUACAGUGGAUAGUGGCUAGGUUUGCUCUCUGUGAGAGUACAGAAGCAGCUUAAAUUGUGUGGACAAAAAUAUGUGGACGGUCCAAUUCAUAACAAAAUCAUGGGCAUUAAUCUGCUCCUCUCUUACUGUUUUUACACUUUUCAUCAGACUUUGGAGGCUGGCUGCAGGGAUUUGCUGCCAUUAAGCCACAAGAGCAUCAGAGAGGUCCAACACUCAUGUUGGGUGAUAAGGAGCACCGGCUCGUUGGUGUUAGAUGGGGUUGAGGUCAGAGCACUAUGCAGGCCAGUCAAGUUCUUGCACACCAAACUGGGAAAAUCAUUUUUUAUAGAACUGACUUUGUGCACAGAAGUUUUUUAUGUUGAAGAAGGAAAAUAUUUUCUUUAAACUCCUGCCAUAAAGAUGAAAACACACUAUUAGCUUUAAGAUAUCUCUUAAUUUACCAUAUACAUUCACCAUGAAAUGUAUUAUUUAAGAUUUGGAAUGGCAGAACACAAGAACAAGAUCCCUCCUUGUGUUACAACACAUGGAAAAGACUGAAACAAGUGUUAAAAGUACCAAUAACAAUACAGUAACAGCUAUGAAAGUAAUCUGAUCACAACCUGUCUUCUUUGUUCAUCAGUGACAUCUUGAGUCUUUUUGUGCAUCUUUAUUCCCUUUAAAAAUAGAUUCAGCCUGUCAAUAUGUUCUUUUGUUCUUUCCACAAGUGUACAUGUCAUAGAAAAUGCUUACAUUUUUGGGGUUGUGCUCUCUUUUUACCACACGAGGGAGCUGGACGUUUUUUGUUGAAGUGCUUCUAUUGGCAACACAGACCAUGAGUUAAUUAGUGAGUACAGCUGAUUGCUUAAAGCACAGAAACACCAGGAAGACAAUUUAAUUUAGUUUAUUUCCAAAACACGGCUUAAAAAGUGUAAAGAGAGAAUUGGCCACAUUUCUCACUAAGUCAUACUUGUGAAAAAAGAGACGCGCUACCUAUCCUCACCCCAAAAAUGCACAUUCCUUUGGGUUUGAAGUGAUUUCCUCAGACUCAGGAGCAGGUUAGAGCUAACUGGUUGCCUCUUGCACUUGGCACUCGACAGAAGAAUACCAUGUCCUGAGACAUUCAAUCCAAACCCAAAAUAUGUCAAAUAAAAAAUGUUAAAUAAACCUUGAGGUUCCUUCUUAAGAGCCAGGAGUGCUGUUUGUUUUCUUCUGGGCUCCUAAGAGCUAUUUCUGGGCCGAGUCCUUCAGGUCUAGACAGAAGACGACAUCCGAUCCGCUAGCCCAGCGUCAGGUAGGCUGCACAUGUACUCGGGUCAGACUCGAGAGGAAAUUCUUCACAGCUUUGGGUGUGUGUCUGUGAUACUCGCUGCUGUUCAACACCACAAAGACAUUCCAAGGGCUUAGGAGGCGUACACCUGCCGCCGAGAUCAAUAAAAAUACCUCAAUUCUUCCCGUAAAAAGAGAAACACCCACGCCUGGUUUUAAUAAUGUGGUAUGAAGUUUAUUUCCAAGUUGAUAUAUAAAAAGAUUUUUAUAGCUUCUGC